AUGUGUGCGAAGUUUCACCCAACGGAGGACCUCGUUAUUUCGGCAUCUUUGGACAACACAAUUAGAAUAUGGGACAUUUCAGCACUUCGAAAGAAGCACAUCGUGCCGGCAGAGAGUUCUUCUUUUCAGUUUCAGGCGAACUUGAUCGGUGACUCCGUGAUUACACCGAAGUUCAUUUUGACCGUCAAUGACGGGGUCAAUUGGGCCUGUUUUCACCCUACGUUGCCGUUGGCCGUUUCCGCAUCGGAUGACCGACAGAUCAAACUUUGGAGAUACAACGAGGUAAGAGCUUGGGAAAUCGACACGUUUAGAGGUCAUUACAACAACGUUUCUUGCUGCGCCUUUCAUCCGAGUAGGGACGUUUUGAUAUCUUGCGCCGAGGACAAGACUCUGCGCAUUUGGGACAUUAUCAAGCGGACGCUCAUCUAUAUACACCGCCGUGAGAACGAUCGCUUUUGGAUGGUGGCCGCGCAUCCCAAUAGGGGUUUGAUUGCGGCUGGUCACGAUUCUGGCUUUAUCAUUUUUAAGUUGGAGAAGGAAAGACCUUGUUUUUGCGUCUUCAACAAUACGGUCUUCUACAUCAGAGGCGAUGCGCUUCAGUCUUUUGAGUUGCAGUCUGGAUUGAAGAAAGACAUCUUGUCCUUCAAGGGGCGUGCCACACCGCCGCGGAAGCUCGAAUACAAUCAGGAGGAAGCAGCAUUUUUGGUCACAUACGAAGGCGUCGAGGACUGUCACGAGGUGUACAUCAUAAAGGACAUAUAUCAAGGAAAUGUCAAGGUGAGCAAAAGUGCUGGGUCCCAGGCUUGCUGGGCGAACGACAGCUGUUUUGCCGUGUUGGACUCGAGGCGGCCGAACACGCUCGCGUUGAAAACGAUUGAGGACAAGGUAUUUGCGACCAUUUCUUCUCUUGACCUGGAAUGCCCAAUUGAGGCGAUUUUUCCUGCUGCACAAGACCACUUGUUCCUGAGGUGUGGCAAUCGAAUUUACCUGCUCGACAUCAGGGCGCAGAAGGUGGUUGCCGAGGCGCAAAUGCCCGAGAAAAUCAAGUUUUCGUCGAGACACGUCAGUGAGGAGUCAGGUGGGGACAUGGUCGCAUUCAUGGGCGAGAAGUCAGUGUUGCUGUGCACGAUGAGCCUGAAGGUGCUCUGCGCUAUAGAAGGGAAGGCCAGGGUCAAGAGCGGCGUCUGGACCGACAAGGGGGUUUUUUUUUUCACGGUAACGAACCACAUCAUGUAUUUGCUUCCCAACGGCGAUUCCGGUAUCGUGCGCACUUUGAAUCAGUCGAUAUAUCUUAUAGCUGUCGUUGGAAACAAGAUUUAUUGUUUCGAUCGGAGCGUGCAGAACAGGACGAUCACCGUCGACGACUCCGAAAUUUUGUUCAAGGACGCGCUUCGAAAGCAGAGCUUCAAGGAGGCGUUUUAUAUCGCCAAGUCGGGCAUACCGGGCCAGUCCAUCGUGACCUACCUGCAGCAGAAGAAGUAUCCAGAGUUGGCCCUGUGCUUCGCGCAGGAUCCCAGAGAGAGAUUCACCCUGUCCUUGACAUGCGGGGACAUGGACAAGGCAUACGAGUCUGCAUGCGAAGUUGAUCAGAUAGAUUUCUGGCAGCAGUUGGCGCUGGCCUCGUCCAAGAGAGGACGCUACGAGAUGGCGGAGCAGAUAUACAAGAGGAUCAACGACUACGAGAAUUUGUUUCUUUUGUACAUGGCAAUGGGGCAGUCGGAGAAGUUGCGGGCAUUGUCGGGGGCGUUGAAGAGACAGGGAGAUGUCGCGGCGAUGUUGCAUUUGAGUUUUGUAACUGGAGACAUAGCGUCUAGAGUCGAGAUAUUGGAGCAGGCCGGCAUAUUUUCUUUGGCCUAUCUGACAGCAAGUGUGUAUGGGCUGAGUGAGAAGGCAGAUGAGGUAAGAAGGAAGGUCGAGCGAGACGUGGGUGCCGAGUCGCCCUCGAGUUUGGACGUCGCGGGACUUUUCCCCGACUCCAAGCUCUUGAUUCCUCCCUCACCAAUCAAGUCCGUCCAAAUCGCGAGCUGGCCCGUGCUGACGCCGGACCCCACUCUGUUUGACGAGUUGUUGAAGAGCGGGGACAGGAAGAAGUCCAAGACAUCGGCGAUGCUGCCGGCCGAUGAUCAACUCGAGUUUGAGGGUGCGUUCGAAGACGACGGACUGUGGGAAGAGAACGCAAGAGACGAACAAAUUGGAUCGUCUCAGGGCGACAAAGAGGAAGACGAUUGGCAAUUUGACAAGCAAGAAUUGCCCGUUUUGUCUGAUUCGACAGGGCCUGUUCUAGCACUAGACGCCGUCGAGCUACCGGAAGAGGGUCUAACCUAUGAAGAGACAUGGGAGCUUUCUGAGAGCGCAGUUCCCGUAGAUCACGUCGCAGCCGGGGCGUUCAAAGUCGCUAUGGACCUGUUAAACAAGCAACUUGGCGUGGUUCACUUUGAGCCGCUGAAAUUGCAGUUCAUUUACAUUGCGCUGAGUUCACAUGCAUUUUUACGUCUUUUGCCUUCUACGCCUGUUAUGGCCAUUCCUUUAGUUCGAGAGAUUCCUGGACAGCCCUACAGGGGAUACGUGUCUUGCAUCGAGAUUACCGGACUGAUCGACUUGCUCCAGCUCGCCUACAGCGCUUUUUCUCUCGGCAAGUUUCAAGAUGCCCUCGAUCGCUUCCGAACGAUUUUGCAGCGCAUUCCCCUGCUAUACGUCAAUUCAGCUGGGGAAUUCGAAGAAGUUCAAGAAUUGAUCUCGAUCUGCGUCCAGUACUUGCUUUGCCUGUCAAUUGAGCUAAAUCGCAGGGAGCUUUCCGCCUCGGACGGUCCUCCCUCCCGCAUUUCCGAACUCACGUACCAUUUUGCGAAUUGCAGCUUGAAUUCUCAGCAUCAGCACCUUGUCUAUCGCCUCGCGAUGAACGUCAAUGUCAAACUUAAAAACUACGCUCGUGCCGAAUUCUUCGCCCAGAAGCUGCUCUACACCAAUCCGAAGUCUGAUGUCGUCCAGCUGGCUCAAAAGGUCAUCAGCUUCUGCAAGCAAAAUGGCUCUCAAGAUUUGAACCCGAUGGAUCACGACGAAAAGAACCCCUCUGUCUUGUGCGCCAAAUCCUUCAAGCCCAUAUAUAAGGGGACGCCCUACGCCGACUGUCCCUAUUGCCACGCCCAUUAUUCGUCUGCAUUUGCCGGGCAGCUCUGUUCGAUUUGCGAACUGUCAGAAGUUGGCUAUCUGGGAGCGACGGGCUUGGUUCUGUCUCGGAUGUCGUUCAAAAGAGAACAAAUCUGAUGCGCCUCAAUAAGCCUUUCGGCGCUUCGGUGACGUCUGCGCUGUCCGAAGGAUGCCCUGCCCAGAUCCCGCGCAUAACCGGCUUUCGAGUACGAAAGAGAGAUUGUGUUUUCUCACAUUUACGAAAGCAGGUUUUUGCAUGUUUGGUUCGACAGGUUUGACAGGUUUGUUUUUAUUUGAAGAUUUGGAAAGAUGCUUCUAUGGCAUAAUGGUCACUCAGGUGGGUGAACGGCGUGUUUAGGGAGGAGUCGACGAAGAACGGGAUGAUUUUGCAGUUAACGGGCUUGAUGUGCCGGUUGUCGUCUGAGGGUGGCGUUUGAGAGUUUUGGGUGUGUUGAAAAGUGGGGGAAGUUAGACAGGAGAGAGGCGAGAGCCAGAAGAUGUAGUCGAUUCGUUGCUGGGACACUUGUUUUUGAGUUAACGCGUUUUGUGUGCCCUGCUGAUUACUGGCGAGGAUGAUAUUUGGGAAGGUGAUUAGAUAUUGAUUAGCGUUAAACAGAUAGAGCAAGUCGAAAAAUUCGUUGUUGUGGUUUUGUGCGGAUUGUGUGGUGUCGUAACGGCUAUUUUCAAGCAUUUUGAGUGCACUGAGCAGCGCUGAGUAUUGACGGGCGUGGUAUGAGUCUGGCGGCGCGUUUGCGUCGACGUUGAAGUCGCCCGAUAUGAUGGCUGGGUAGCUGUUGCCUUGUAUUUUAGAGCGGAUAAAUUGGACGCACUUGCUGAUUUGCCGCUGCAUGACUUUGCACUGAUGAGAGCUGGGUGCUUCGCAUAUGGCCUGUAAAUGUGUGUUGAAGACGUGUACACAUAGAGAAUCGAUUUGUACGAGUGCGUACAGGAUUCCCUUAUUGGCGAGUUUGUCCCAAGACGCGCCGUGGUUGAAUGGGAGGAAGUCGUCUUUUAGGAUGGGAAAUUUGCUCAAGAUAAGGAGGCCGCCGUCGACGAGGUAGUGUUGGCGUGGGCUGCAGAGGUGCCAUUGGAAUCCCAAUUCUAUGGAUUUUUUGAUGAAUCGUUUGCGCCGAGACGAGAAUGAGCCGAAAAACUCUUGAAAGGUGACCAGGUCGUAUGGCUCUAUUUCUUGAAUGAUGUGAUUUAGUCUUUCGGUUUUCCAGUCGUUACCGUUGGUGUUGACGAUAGGUGGCCUAAUGAAGAUAUUGUAGUUCAACAGGCGGAA